AACAGUAGGGACGUGGAGUAUGAAACACCGACUAAAACGCACAUAAACAUGAAGUUUGCUUUAGCGUGGAUCUGUCUGGCAGGAUUUGGAAUUUCAGCAACUUAUGAGACGGACAUUCAUGGACAUGAAGGAAAGCAUGUCACAGUUGAGUGUGUUCAUGGCCAUGCUUCAACCAACAAGAAAUAUUCUUGCAAAGAUCCGUGUAACGAUGAUGAUGUUCUAGUAUCAUCUGAUCGGUCACCUAAUAAGAGAUUCAGUCUGAAGGAUUUCGGAAAUAGCACGUUCACGGUGACCAUCACAGAUCUACAGGAGUCAGACUCUGGGAUUUACUGGUGUGGUGUGAACAGAAGUGCUGCUUUGGACACAUAUCUUCAAAUCACUCUGAGAAUAAAUAAAGCAGACACACACAUGACUCUGAGGACUACAACAUCUUCAACAACAGUGACAACAUCUGAUUCUCAAACCUCCAAGAGUAGAUCAUUCACUCCGGCACCUAAUGACAUCACAACAUCUUUUACAGCAGACUCGCACAGGACUCCAAGAAGUUUAUUUUACACAUCUACCAGACCUGACGACAUUAACGUCUUAUCCUCAUCAACAGGUCUAUUGAUGGUGUUCAUCAUGGGUCCGGCCGGGCUGCUGACUUUUGGACUGGUGCUCUGUAUGAUGAACAUGCAAAACAGAGAAACAAACCGUUCCAAGGAUCCAGAACAUCAUGAUGCUGAUACGAUCAACAUUUGUACCAAGACUGCUCGAGACAUCAUGGAGACUCAGCAGCAAGAUGAUACGUUCAAUGUUGUUUACUUCACUGUCAGUCAAAGUCCUCCAGCCAACCAGAUACAAGACACUCUUGUCAGCUCCACCCUCUACUUCCAAUCCAAAAUUGGCCAGCUUUAAAACACUAUAAGAACAUAGACUCAUACAGAAUGCAAACAACCAUUUAUACACAUUAUUAGUGAAUGAUCCCCAUUGCUUUUUCUUCUCAGAUGUCUUUGUGUUUCCAUUAAUCUGCCUGUUGAUGCAUCACCGCGUCAAGCGAGGUGUGUUUAAGUUCACGAGCGUUCUAACGCAUUUCCACAGAAGCCGAGCGGCUACCUCUUGAGUCAAGAUGGCAGAGCUCUGACGUUCCAUCCGAAUAUAGUUAUGUGAAAUUCAUGACUGAUUAUCAGUUUAUAUUUGAAUACCGAUUUUCAAAAAUGUCUUUCUUCAUAUAGCUGGCGGUGAGCAUUUUUAAAGGCCCACACAUUUUUACAUUCAAAGGGCCACGUUCAUGAAACGCGAGCAGAACGAUUUUUUGUGUAGGCCUAAAUCGUCCGUAAAGUCGUUUUGACGUAAAUUUUCCAAUAACGGCGGAGAAGAGGAGGACAAACACUACAUUGACCAACCGUCAUACACAACAAUGGAGAAGUCAACAUUAAUGGUUAAUGCAUUUUCAUAUUAAGUAAUAUUCUUUAAAAUAAGAUACUAGUGGCAAGUGGCUAACUGUUGCAGAUAUUCCAAAUCGCACCAUCCAGCGCAUCUCCAGAAUAACGCGCAGUCCCACUAAAGUGUUCUCAGGCGCCACCAGCUGGUCGUUUUCAGAAGAGCACAAGGUUUUAUUAUUUUUGGUGGCUAAAAACGCUUUGGUGGACACAGAUUAAUUUAUUAAUUUAUUUGUAAGAAUAAAACCUAUAAGUAUAUUAUACAAUAUAAUGUAGCCAGACCAGAGAAUGAAGUCUAGAGGAUUACGGCAUCACUAGAUGCGUUAUUUGCUUAUAGCUUUAAUUCAUAUGUGGGAUUAUGCUAACUUUUAAUGACAGUGCAUGCUCCCACUGUUUACGAGUGAUUGAAAUUCAUUAACAUACACACAUUUUACCUUUUCUAUUCAGUUCUUGUAUCAAAUCUGACGUAUACGAAGUAUUUGUGAAUCUGGAAGAGAGUUUUCUGGAAGAUCUGUUGCAAAUGCAAAUUUCUCAGAAUUUACUCAUAUAUUUACAAAUGUUUCAUGAAUGAGGCCCAAUGUGUACACAAAUACGUAACGAACAACAAUAAAUGCAUAUACUUUAUCCUCACUUUUUCAAACUGCGACAAGUUCACCAUAACACAAAAAAUGUAGUACUCCCUCACAUGUCAUUCUGCAUGACUGCCUUCAUGCACUUCACCUUGGGACACUUCACCCAAAAUUAUAUUAUUCUAUCAUCACUUACUCACCUUUGAGUUGUUCCAAGUGUGUAUAGGCUACACGUAUUUAUUCUGAUGAACAUCGAGAACGAUAUUUUGAAGAUAACCGGACAUAUUUUGCCAUUGACUCCCAUUCUAGCACAAAAUACUUUAUAAUGGCUUUGUUCUGUUGAAGACAAAAGAAGAUAUUUUGAAGAAUGUAGACCGUUCUGGGGCACUUUUGACUACUGUUGUAUUUUUUGAUGUCUAGUGAUCUGUCUAGUGAUAAGCAUUCUUCCAAAUAUCUUUCUUUGUGUUCAUCAGAAUGUAUUUGGAACAACUUGAAGUUGAGUAAUGAUUACAGUAUUUUCAUUUUUUGGGUGAAGUAUCCCUUUAACAGAUAAUUCAUUUAAUGUAUCAUAUCAUUAUUUUAUCUAUUAAUAUUAAACGUUUACACAAUUUGUAUGAUUAGAUUAUUUUAUUUUUUCCUAGUUGGAUGCCAUAGUGCCUAAUAAUGCAACACUUCACGAAACGCCCUCCUUAUCGGAGAUGGCUUUCCUUUCUCUUUCUCUCUCUCUCUAUUUCUCUCUUUUUUGAAGUGAAUUUGUGUGUGUGUGAAUGAUUGUAAAUCAUAGUCACUACACGUCCACUGAGAACAAUUGAGCACUAAAGCUUCUCUUAUCUCAGCUCAAAGGAGACUGAGAGAGAGAGAGAACCUUCUUUGCUGCCUACAUAAGCGACAUUAUAGGGAAUCAUACGAUAUGUGUAUUCCCGCUGCAAAGUCUGUUCCAAAUCACAGCUAUAUCUAUAAAUUUA